GAAGGGAGAUGGGAACUGUCUGUGUGUGUGCGUGUGUGUGAGGUUGGUGAGAUAGUACAGUACUAGUGCUGCAGGCAGUCUGCUCUGUUGAUUCUAUUUCGGAGUGGGAGAAGGGACCUUCUGACGUAUCUAGGGGAGGAGACACGUCACCAGGGGGAGGAGCUACGGGCGAACAGGGUACCCGAAAAGUACCCUCGCGGGCUCGCUUCGCUCGCCACGCUUCGAGCUCGGUGGCUCGCUCCGCUUCGCUCGCCACCUGAUUACUAAAGGUAAUAGUUGGUGACGUGGAUAGUAGAGGAACUAUCCCGCUGGCGUAGCUCCUCCCCCUUAUGUCGUAACUCCUCCCCCUUAUGUCGUAACUCCUCCCCCAGACGGAAAAGGUCCCUUAGCCCACUUGAUUCUAGCAUCUACCGUCACCUGCUCAGUAGUGUCAGUGACAGCUGAGCGCUCAGAUCAGCAGCAGUGAGGACAGGCGUUAGUGCUGUGUGAGCAGCAGAGAAGAUCUGAAAGCGGGAAGUAGCAGAGUAGCGCUGCAGUCAGUAGUGUCAGAUCAGCAGCUGUGUGCCGGUGUCAGAGCUGUACUGUGUCUGGAGCAGAGAAGACCCGGAGUGACCUGGAAGAUGAGCUCCACAGAUGACCCAGUGGUGAUUGUAUCUGCUGCCCGUACUGCUAUAGGCUCAUUCAAUGGAGCCCUAUCUACUUUACCUGCUCAUGCCCUGGGAACAGUCGUGAUCCAGGAGGUGCUAAAGAGAGCCAACACCCAGCCUGACGAGGUCUCUGAAGUGAUAUUUGGACAUGUUUUGACUGCAGGUGCUGGGCAGAACCCUGCUCGUCAAGCCGGUGUUGGCGCCGGGAUUCCCUACUGUGUUCCAGCCUGGAGUUGCCAGAUGAUCUGUGGAUCAGGCCUAAAGGCAGUAAGCCUAGGAGCGCAAUCCAUUCUAGCAGGGGAAGCUGACAUUGUGGUAGCCGGUGGUAUGGAGAACAUGAGUCAGGCUCCUCAUUUAAUCCACAUGCGAGCUGGUGUGAAAGCUGGAGAUGUCUCACUACAGGACAGUAUACUGUGUGAUGGUCUUAAUGAUGCAUUUUACAAGUAUCAUAUGGGAAUAACUGCUGAAAAUGUGGCCAAGCAAUGGAAGAUUUCCAGAGAGGAACAGGACCGUCUCGCAGUCCAAUCACAGAACAGGACUGAGGCGGCACAGAAAGCUGGCUAUUUUGAUAAAGAGAUAGUACCCGUUGAGGUACCUUCCAGGAAAGGGCCUGUGACAGUGGCAACUGAUGAGUUUCCCCGACAUGGAAGCAAUUUAGAAUCAAUGGCAAAACUAAAACCUUACUUUCUCAAGGAUGGAACCGGCACUGUAACCCCAGCUAAUGCGUCCGGUAUUAAUGAUGGAGCUGCAGCAGUUAUUCUUAUGAAGAAAUCAAAGGCACACCACAGACAUCUGUCACCCAUGGCAGAGAUUGUGUGCACUGCCCAGGCUGGUUUGGAUCCAUCUGUUAUGGGGGUUGGACCUAUCCCGGCUAUUAAAAAAGCUGUUAAAAAAGCCGGAUGGAGUCUGGAUGAUGUGGACGUAUUUGAAAUUAAUGAAGCUUUUGCAGCACAAGCCUUAGCCAUUGUUAAAGAGUUAGGACUGAACCCAGAUAAGGUGAACAUUCAGGGCGGUGCUAUAGCCCUCGGACACCCUCUCGGAAUGUCUGGUUGCCGCAUUUUGGUCACCCUUCUGUAUGCUCUGGAGAGAACGGGUGGGAAGAAAGGAGUCGCUGCUCUUUGUAUAGGUGGUGGCAUGGGAAUAGCAAUGUGCAUUGAAAGAAAACACUAACCUGAAAUAAUAUUCACAUUAACACUACGGUUACAGGUGUAUGUGAUAAAGCUACUUAUAGGUGGGCACCGGUUCCUAUCUACAAGUGACUGAAGAAGUGCCAUUACAUUCCGCAAGGAUCGUCGCUUUCAUCCUCAAUUUAAUCAUGAAAUAUUUGUUUUUUAAGGUGUGAUAUGUUUUGUAAACAGUAUGUUGCUAUGAAAUAUACAAUUUUAAUUGCAGGAGUUAUGCAAAUAUGUUAAAAGCAGUAUACUAAUUUAAUUAAAUUUUUAUUAAAGAUUAGUUUGCUAAAGGUGGA